GGUGUGUGCCAGGCUGGAGGAGUUUGCGCUCGCCCAGGUUUUUGCUCCGUCUCGGAUCCCAACCGUCACUGACUGAUGAAAGCAAUGGGGGAGACGCGUUCCCUCUCGCGCUACCACCUCCCUCUGGUGUUUGCUGAGCGGAGUAAACUGUAAGCUACUGUCUCUUUUCCACUCCGUGGAUCGCGGAGAUGAGGUGUUGCACUCGUUCUUCUCUCACACCUACGGAUGCCAUGCGCUGAGUAACGGGAGUUACCGUGCCGGGUAGAAGGUGGUAUUCCGAUCACCUGAGAAGUUGCGGUUAAGUGUGUGUCAGACAUGGGACGGCGUCUUGGCGCUUUGGGAUACAGUGUUUGGGGAAUAGCUUCUUGAGCGGCGAGCUAUCUUUGGCGACCACGCGAGACCGAGGGACCUCGCACCGGCGAGAUGCGCACUGAUCACGGCUUCGUUCUGCUGCUCCUCAACGGGACAGCGUGCUUGUUGGCUCUGGGACAGGAAGACCCCCACUCCUCAACUUCGUCCUCCUCUGCUCUAAACCCCAAGUCAUCCUCCCCAGCAGACAGCAGCAAAACUCUGGGGGUGCUGAGCAGUCAGGGCUCCGUGUCUCCGCUCAGCCGCUGGGUGCAGCAGAGCCGGGGGCGGGCCGCCAACGCCUCCGCCAUGGAGCUGCCCUACCGCUCGCCCGUGUCCUUCUCCAAGCAGGAGUUCUGGGAGAUGCUGGGGAGCGACUCCGCCAAGGCCGACACCGACACCGACGCCUCGGCUGGCGCCCGCAUCAAGCGCCGGCCCAUCGUCAAGACGGGCAAGUUCAAGAAGAUGUUUGGCUGGGGGGACUUCUACUCCAACAUCAAGACCGUGCGCCUCAACCUGCUCAUCACAGGCAAGAUCGUCGACCACGGUAACGGCACCUUCAGCGUCUACUUCCGGCACAACUCGACAGGCCAGGGCAACAUCUCCGUCAGCCUGGUUCCACCCGUCAAGGCGGUGGAGUUUGAUCUGGAGCGGCAGAGCGUGGUCUACCCUAAGGACUCCAAGAUCUUCAACUGCCGCGUGGACUACGAAAAGGUGGACCGCAGCAAGCGCACAUCACUGUGCAACUACGACCCAUCCAAGACCUGCUUCCAGGAGCAGACACAAAGCCACGUCUCCUGGAUCUGCUCCAAGCCCUUCAAGGUCAUCUGCAUCUACAUCUCUUUCUACAGCACGGACUACCGGCUGGUGCAGAAGGUCUGCCCGGACUACAACUACCACAACGAAAUGCCCUACCUGCCUUCUGGAUAGGAGGGCAUGGGGCGUUGGGGCGAGGGAGGGGAAAAUUAUGGGAGUCGAGUAAAAGAGAGGAGUGAGAUAUAUAAACUAGGACAGAGGGACACGGAGGAGUGAGCGUGGCUGAAUGAAGGAUACGGAUGUGGACGAGAGAGCAGGGCAUGGAUGAAUGGGGGGGUUGGGGGCAGUACGGAUGUGGGUAGUGUUGGCGCAUUCGAUAUAUGAGAGGGGGCACAUUUUAAGCGGCUCAGAAGUUCUCCUCCGAGUGUGUACGGGACUGUAGGAUUUUCCACAGACUGCGGAGAAUCUUGCACGAGCAGCCUACUCGGAACAGACCCCUUUGUGAACUGAGCAUUUUUUUUUCUCAUGGACUGUGUUUGAUCAUCUGUAAUAUUCCCAAGGUGAAUGUAAGGCAUUUUUCUCCUGUGAUAAAUGUCUUGAAGAACCUCUCUACCAACCUGACAAAUGUGACCUGCAAAAAUCUAUAUAUGCAAAUCAAGCUGUCUAGUACAGAUAUGCAGGUGAGAGCACACCACCGAGGGCCUGUGGUGACUGGCAAUCCCACCAGAGUGCUUCAAGCGGCUUCUGACCCACAGAAGGGCAAGGAAAUUCACAUCCUUAAAAAAGGAUAAUUAAAAAAGGAAAUCCCAUGUUGAUUUUCAUACAGCUACUAUGCAGAGGCUGGGGGUUGUGCAUUACAGUUAUGUUGGAAUUCACUUUUCCUAAGGGUAGAAGAGAUAAAAGAAAUGUUCAUUGCAUAUUUCAUGUUAAACUAACACAGACACACUUGCCUCUUUGACUUCUUGGUCUUCCCGCCUACAAAUGUUAUAGAAAGGAAGAAAAUCAAGAUAGUAAAAAAUGUUAAGCAGUGAAACAGAAAAACAGGGAGAGAGAGAUAGAGAGCAAGAAGGAGAGAGUAAAGACAAGAAUGAACAGGGAUUCAGAGAGCUCUUUAAUUAAAGCCAAGCAGGGAGACAGAGAUGUUGAGUAUGAAUCGACUUGCCCCUCUAUUAUUCUGCACAUAUGGGGGGGGAUUACAUUUUGUUUCCGAAUGAAUUUCUGAUUUCGUGGCAUGAUAACUUAGCCACUAAGUGCAAGACUGCGCCUUCUGUCUCCAGGCGGGCCUUCUUCCACUAGAGUCCCGCCUAUUAUAUCUGAUUAAAAAAAGAAAUAUUAUUGUGAUAAUUAUGCAUAAUUUAAUCCCAUUUAAGACUUAAUUAAGAACUGAACUAAUUGGAUUUGCUAGUGGCAAAUUCAGAGAUUCAUUUGGCCUGGGAGAUGUUUCUACAGGCCAAAUUACCACAUUAGACAAACAGCAGUUGAGUUGACCUUCCAUAAAUGCAGGAAUUAAUGAAGAUCACAGUGAAGCAAAAACAGACAUCAGCAGUAAAGAACAUGGGAGACUCCAAACAUUUCCAUAAAGAUUCAAAUCAAAACACUUUGAAGACAUUUUCAAGUUGGUGUAGUAACCAGAAAAUGUUUGCUCCUAGAUCAGGGAACAAGAGGACAGAAAUAUGAAAGUAAAGGAAGAAGAGCAGGGGGAGGGGGGGUGGUAUGUGGAAAGCAUGGAACACGGGAAUGUGUUUGGGAAGCAGUACGGAGCCUGCCAACAGACGGAAGGUCGGAGAACAGAGGACUGGGUUCCACAAAGGUGGAUGAGCCACUCAACAGCAGCCCUCAGUCAGACCGCAGAGAGGACGGACUUACACUGUCACACACUGGUGGGUGUUGCCAAGGCAAAGGAUAAUAGUUCAAGUGGUGGAACACUCUGGUUGUCAUAGCGACUAGCUCCUUCCCUGGCCUACGGAGUCUGGACACAGCUUUGGACACUUGAUCCACAGACCUAGAAACUGAGUUAGCAAACUGGGUUAGCCACAAAGUGAACAACCUGAAAAAGAGCGGGCUAAUGGCAAAGGGUACUAUAGGUACUAUACAAAAAUAUAUCAAUAUAUAAAUAAAUAUAUAAAUAUAUAAAGAUAUAUAUAUUACUCACCAACCCACCCGUGGGGCUGGCAGUAGACUCUAGUUCAUUUUGGGUUUGUUUUUUUCUAUUUUUUACAUUGUUUCUUUUCCAUGUGCGUCAUGUUGAUGUAGUGUAUGGAUGACAAUGGUGGCAUUUAUUGUGGUUUUCCAACAUCUGGAAAGAAAAAAAAAAAAUCAAUAAAGUAGACAGGUGUACUGAAUGUU